GGCCACGGACUAAACACAGGAAGAGAGGAAGAUGACAAUGGCUCUCAGGGUGACAACAGAUGUGUGGCUGGCAAGACCCUGGCAGUGCCUGCACAGGACAAGGGCACUGGGCACCACGGCAACACUGGCCCCAAAGACCCUGCAGCCCUUUGAAGCCAUACCACAGUACUCCAGGAACAAGUGGCUGAAGAUGAUACAGAUCCUGAGGGAGCAGGGCCAAGAAAACCUACACCUGGAGAUGCAUCAGGUCUUCCGGGAGCUGGGGCCCAUUUUCAGGCACAGUGUAGGGAAAACACAGAUUGUGUUUGUGACGUUGCCGGAGGAUGUUGAGAAGCUGUACCAGGUAGAGAGUACGCACCCUUGCCGCAUGCCCUUGGAAUCCUGGAUAGUCCAUAGAGAACUCCGUGGCCUGGGACGUGGUGUGUUCUUGCUAAAUGGGCCAGAAUGGUACUUCAACCGACUGCAGCUGAACCCAAAUGUUCUGUCACCAAAAGCCGUUCAAAAAUUUGUCCCCUUGGUGGAUGGGAUAGCAAGGGACUUUGUGGAUAACCUGAAGAAGAAAAUGCUGGAAAGUGUCCAUGGUAGCUUCUCUAUGGACUUUCAGUCCAGUGUGUUCAACUAUACCAUAGAAGCUAGCCACUUUGUUCUUUUUGGGGAGCGGCUGGGCCUCAUUGGCCGUGAUCUGAGCCCUGACAGCCUGAAGUUCCUCCACACCCUGCACUCCAUGUUCAAAACCACCACACAGCUCUUGUACUUGCCCAGGAGCCUGACCCGAUGGACAAGCACCAGGGUGUGGAAAGAAAACUUAGAGUCCUGGGAUUUCAUCUCUGAAUAUGUCACCAAAUGUAUCAAGAAUGUGUAUCGAGAGCUGGCAGAGGGUCGUCCACAGUCCUGGAGUGUCACAGCAGAGCUGGUAGCUGAGAGAACUCUGUCAAUGGAUGCCAUCCAGGCUAACUCAAUGGAACUCAUUGCUGGAAGCACUGACACGACAUCAACCCCCUUGGUAAUGACUUUCUUUGAGCUGGCUCGGAACCCAGAUGUUCAGCAGGCCCUGAGGCAGGAGAGCCUGGCAGCUGAGGCCAGCAUCGCUGCAAAUCCUCAGAAGGCCAUGUCAGACCUGCCCUUGCUGAGGGCUGCCCUUAAAGAGACCUUGAGGCUCUAUCCUGUUGGUACUUUUCUGGAGAGAAUUCUAAGCUCAGACUUGGUGCUUCAGAACUACCAUGUCCCUGCUGGGACAGUCCUCAAUGUGAAUCUGUAUUCCAUGGGCCGGAACCCUGCAGUGUUCCCAAGGCCUGAACGCUAUAUGCCUCAGCGCUGGCUGGAGAGGAAAAGGAGUUUCAAGCACCUGGCCUUUGGCUUUGGGGUGCGCCAGUGCCUGGGGAGGCGCCUGGCAGAGGCAGAGAUGAUGCUCCUGCUUCACCAUGUGCUGAAAUCCUUCCACGUGGAGACACAAGAGAAAGAGGAUGUGCGGAUGGCCUACCGCUUCGUUUUGAUGCCCAGCUCCAGUCCUCUCCUCACUUUCAGGCCUGUCAACUAGUCACACAGCCUUUUUCUUUUGGUGUCCCAAGAUGUCAAUAGCUUCCUGUUCUGAUGACACAUUGCCCUCUCUUCUCUUCCUUAGAGUGCUAUGCCUGUGGCCAUGCUCAGCCUCUUGUCUAGUAUCUGACAGAUUGUGAUUCGGGGUCAGAGAAUGGCUCUGGAGAAUUGCUGUCCCCUAACUGUCACCUCCCAGUCUCCUCCCGUGGUCAUCCAAGUGAGCCCAUCUUCUGACUUUCUGUCUGGUUCCCAUCAUCCUUGUCACACUCUUUCUGUCCCUUCUAAAAUAUCUUUGUUUGAAUGUUGUACAAGGGGAACCCACCAUCAGUAAGGACAUCUCAUGUCAGCAGUGAAAGCCUAUGACCACUCAUGACACAUUGUCAUGCGUGAGGGAAGACAGAACUAAUGUGUAUGUUGCACACCUCAGAUGCCAUGUGGUCCAGCUUAGACCUCACACACACAGUAAAUGCUCAGUGAUCAUUCUCCAGUCCAGACUAUGUGCCGAUCCAGGGGAUGCUGUGAAGAGCUAAGGGGCUCAGGUGUGGCAGGACAAGCUGUAGACUUGUGGUAACAUAUGGGUCAGAAAUUGUUUAGUGCGUUUCAUAAUGGUUUCUGUCCACAUCUUCUCUGGUCAACAGAUGAACACAUAUCAUAAGUCAGAUUCACUUGGGGGCAUUUGGAAAAUCACUGUGCAAUGCUUUUCAGUUCUCAUGUUUUGGACUACAUGUACUACUGGCCAAAUCACAGUGUACCAUACAGGGAGGGCAUGUCCCUUGGGUUACAGUCAUCCCUAGGCACACUCUGUUUGCCUCAUUGUUUCUUACCUACCCUAAUAAAAUAUAAACUGCAUCUCUUACAUACA